UUUUUGUUCUUUGGAUACAGGUGGCAAUAAAAAUAAUUGACAAAUCUCAGUUGGAUGCUGUGAACUUGGAGAAGAUCUAUCGAGAAGUGCAGAUAAUGAAAAUGCUUGACCACCCGCACAUAAUAAAACUCUAUCAGAUAUGGUUGUCUUUGGCACGUUAGAAAUACAUUUGGUAGAUAGGUGAUGGAGACCAAAAGCAUGUUGUACCUUGUGACAGAAUAUGCCAAAAACGGAGAAAUUUUCGAUUACCUUGCCAACCAUGGCCGUCUGAGCGAGCCUGAGGCCAGGCGCAAAUUCUGGCAAAUCCUUUCAGCGGUGGAAUAUUGUCAUAGCCGAAAGAUUGUGCAUCGUGACCUCAAAGCUGAAAAUCUUCUUCUCGACAACAAUAUGAACAUCAAAAUAGCAGAUUUUGGGUUUGGAAAUUUCUAUAAAAGUGGUGAGCCUCUGACCACCUGGUGUGGAAGCCCCCCGUAUGCAGCUCCGGAAGUCUUUGAAGGACAGCAGUAUGAAGGACCUCAACUGGAUAUCUGGAGCAUGGGUGUAGUUCUUUAUGUCCUAGUCUGUGGAGCAUUACCUUUUGAUGGACCUACGCUUCCUAUUCUGAGACAACGGGUUCUGGAAGGAAGAUUCAGGAUUCCUUAUUUCAUGUCAGAAGAGUGUGAGCAUCUGAUCAGGAGAAUGCUGGUCCUAGACCCAGCCAAGAGAUUGUCAGUUGCUCAGAUUAAGGAGCAUAAAUGGAUGCUAAUAGAAGUUCCUGUGCAGAGACCCAUUCUCUAUCCACCAGGACAGGAGAACGAGCCUUCCAUCGGAGAGUAUAAUGAGCAGGUUUUGCGGCUGAUGCACAGCCUGGGAAUAGACCAACAGAAAACUAUUGAGUCUCUGCAGAACAAGAGUUAUAACCACUUUGCUGCUAUCUAUUACCUGUUAGUGGAGAGACUCAAGUCACAUCGGAGUAGCUUCCCUGUGGAGCAGAGACUUGAUGCUCGUCAGCGUCGGCCAAGCACUAUUGCUGAACAAACUGUCGCCAAGACGCAAGCCGUGGUGCCCCCUGUGAGCCUGCGUUCACAGAAUGUAAGGCUGCUGAGGUCUCCGGGCCUCCCCCCACCCUCAGCUGCAGAAGCCUUCUCCUUUCCCCCUGCUAGCUGCCAAGUAGAAUCAGCAUUUAUGGAGGAAGAGAGAGUCGAUACCCCAAAGGUAAAUGGCUGUUUGCUGGAUCCUGUGCCCCCUAUGGUGAUUAGGAAAGGCUGCCAGUCACUGCCUACCAGCAUGAUGGAAACCUCUAUUGAUGAGGGUAUAGAGACUGAAGGGGAGUCUGAAGAUGAUCCUGCACAGGCAUUUGCAGCCCUCCAAGCAACCCGCUGUGGGAAAAGACGUCACACUCUGGCAGAAGUGACCAACCAGCUUGUCAUGAUUCCAGGCACAGGGAAAGUCUACUCCUUGGAUGAAAAUCCAUCUUUGGGCAGCAUUGACUCAGAAUAUGAAAUGGGAUCAAUUCAGAGGGAUCUUAACUUCCUCGAGGACACUCCGACCCUGAAGGAAGUGGUGCUGGCCAACCAGCCAGCACCCAGAAUGACGCCCCCUUUCAUAGGGCUGAGACCUGCUAAUCCAGCCAUGCAGGCACUAACCUCCCAAAAACGAGAGGCCCACAACCGCUCACCAGUCAGUUUCCGAGAGGGCCGCAGGGCAUCUGACACAUCCCUUACACAAGGAAUUGUAGCAUUUAGACAGCACCUUCAGAAUCUGGCACGAACCAAAGGAAUCCUGGAGCUGAAUAAAGUCCAGCUGCUAUAUGGACAGAUGGGAUCAGAAGAAGAGCACAACCUAACAUCAGCUGCUCCCCACUUGCAGAAUCUUGAGGAAGCUUCUCAGCAGCAGGAGAGUGUAUCUGCCUUCCCUAAUGGUGUGCAUCCCCAAUUAUUAUCCAGACGGCAGAGCUUAGAAACACAAUACUUGCAACACAGACUGCAGAAACCUAGCCUGCUGUCAAAAGCCCAGAAUACCUGCCAGCCAUACUGCAAAGAACUGCCCCGAAGCCUGGAACAGCAGUUACAAGAGCACAGGCUGCAUCAGAAGAGACUCUUCCUCCAGAAGCAAUCCCAGCUGCAGGCUUAUUUUAACCAGAUGCAAAUAGCUGAAAGCUCAUACCCAAGGUCAAGUCAGCUGCCGCUUCCGGGCCAGGAGGAGCAGCCGCAGCAGCCACCACAGUUCAACCUGGCACAGCCCCUGAGCCCUGUAAUGGAGCCUUCCUCAGAACAAAUGCAAUAUGACCCUUUCCUUAGCCAGUAUCAGAAACUACAGCUGGAGUCACUGUCACCAUCCCAGAUCCACAGCUCACCUCCGUUGCCAUCGCAGAUACAUGUGCAACAGCAGCCCCCACCACAGCCCUUACAAUACUCCUAUCAGACUUGUGAAUUGCCAGUCAUCACCUCCUCUGAGCCAGACUACCCAAACCAGUGCCAGUAUUCUAUGAACCCAGCCCAGCAGAGCAAUGUAGCAUCACCCGACAACCAGAGGAGCUCAGCAUCUCAUGAGUCUCAGUCCAACUAUGAGGCACUAGCCCUUUCAGAACUGCCAGGACUUUUUGACUGCGAAAUGAUGGAGACUGUUGAUCCCCAGCAUAGCGGCUAUGUCUUGGUGAAUUAGCCACCCUGGCAGUGUUAACUUACGAAUGGAAGACAGGUGAAGUGAAGGAAAGGCAUGUGAAUUUAAAUUUUUGUUCCAACCCUAAAAUUCAUGGCUUAUUUUCCGAUCCUUGACCUACUCGGGGAUGUAAAAGCCACCUGACUGGUGCUAGCGGGGGAUGGCUAAAAGCUACAUGGCUAUUGGUUCAUCCUGGCAGUACCAUGCCACAAAUCUGGUGGCAGGGGCUGGAGAUGGAUAGUGCAGCUGGGUCAAUCAAGAACCUGUUUGCGGAGAAGGAGAUCACGGAUGUUGUUUUAAAAGGAAGGAAAACUUCCAAAAACUGGAUACUCGUAACACCCAUCCAGUACCAGAUGAAAUCUGUUAAAGAUCUGUAAAAGAAAGGAGAAUGAGUGUGAUGCAUUGUACUUCUUGGCAAUAAAAGCAAUAUAUUUUUCAUUGGAAUUCAGACUUGAGUAACCUGAAGGCAAAUCAAGAACUUUUGAAACUUUAGUGCAAGGUGAAUUUAAAGGAAAGUUGCACUUUGGUUCUAAGCUACUGAUGUUGAAUUAGUCCACAGUAAGUCUCAGAGGACACAAGGUGUUUUUCCAACAGACUCCAUAUCCUCCUGAAAGCAACAGCAUUUCCCCAAACUUGCCAAAAAACUUCUAAUUGCCCACCAUGGAAAGUUUCUGGAUCUUUGACAAAAUGAUUCUCUGACCUAGUCAAAAGAUCACUAGGUCUGCUAUCUGGCACUGCAGUGUUUUUUAGAGGCCUCUGGAUGGGGUACAGAAUACUCCAAAGAUAAAGGAUCAGUUAACUGAAAUGUGAAACAGCCAAGAAAUACCAAGAGGAGGUCUACAGCUGUGGCAAAUGACUACAUCAAAAAGGUCAGCCAGGGUAGCAUUAGAAAUCAACCCUUUUUGCGGACAGCCUCUUGUCGAGGUCUCUGCCAUGGAGCAGCUCUGGUCACUGGAGAGGAUACAUUGGCCCUCUGUUGCUUUUUAAAAAUAACUUUUGAAUUUACAGUCUGCGUUGCUGGUGGUUUAUUAAGCUUUGUAUAUUUGGACAAGGAUUUAGGUUUUAGAACAUAAGGACAAAACAAAAUGAGCUUAAAAACCCCAUGUGAAGUGAUAGUGCUGUGCCUUUUUGGGUUCUUUAUCAGAUUAUAUGCUUUUUUUCUGAAGAAAGUAGCCAAUACCCCAUUUAUAUCCAUGCUAAAGCCAAAGUCACUUCAGAGCAUGUGUUCCACCGUGUGGAAUAGUGUUUUGAUUGCUCAUCUAUAUGUGAAAUGUUAAAAGUAUUACAGCAAUAUUUAGUGUCAAGAACUGUUGCUAUAAUAACUGUUUCAGCAGAUACUCACUUUGAGCAAGCACUUGAGUCUCCAACCCCUUGCAGUUCACAAAAUGCCAGACACAGCAGCUGGGUUUUGGACCCAUAGAAAGGGAUAUGGGUAAUCACCAUAAUUUGGGUUUUGUCUCCAGUGGUUGACUACUAUGAGACAUUAAAGGAGAAUCUUCUACCAUAUAGCUGUAGAGUUCAUGCCCUUUGUGAGCAGAUGAACACACUAAGCACAACACGGGUUCUUUAAAGCACAAAGACCAGCAGAGAAGCAGGUACUGCUUAUGAAAAACACCUUCUGUUGUCUGGAAGUUUCCCUUUUCACUAAGUUCAAAAUAAGGAAAGAUUAAAUAUGCUAGUAGCCCCACCUGUAUCUAUCACUAUACAGUCGCACACUUGCAACGGUGAUUUUGCUCUCAAAUCAAAGUCUUGUUGUAAGUUCUCAACCUCUCCCUCCCCCCCAAAAAAACCAGGAUAUCACUUUCCAGUGUCCCGUGGGCAAGUUCUCCAGUCACUGUAUAAACCACCAAAGCAUUGACCUGAAGUGGUGGUAGCAGAAGAGAGGGUUCCUGAUAUGUUGAGACAAGCCUCGCCAAUUUAUAAUCACAUUUUUUACUUCAACUAGUUUCAUGUCAUAAACCUCAAAGAUCAGACUGUAGAACCAUUUCUUUCCUUCACCAGAGCAUAAGCAGUCAGCACACAGAGCAAUAAUUUUUUACAUGACCAUGAUUAAAAAAAAAAAAAAAUCUAAUGACUGCAUAUCACAGUCAGCUUUAAACAGGAAAAAGUUCAGCAUUGCUGCCAGCAAUCACCUGAUUUCCCAGUAUGCUAAAAUCUGACUGACACUUGGUAUUGAUAUGUGCCAUGUAAUAUUGGUCACUAAUCCACAUGCAGUGCAGUCAGAUUUGUUCAAUCAUGGCUUGGUAUUUACUAUACCGUGAUUCCAAAGCCACUGCCAGAGGGCAAUCUGAAAUCCCAUAUAAGAUAAAGCAUGGAAUCCCAGCCUAGAUGUUGUGAGCACCUACCCCUUUCUUUAUGGCUCCGUGGCAGAGGUCCACUAAUGAUUUUCUGUUGUAACAUGGGCUCUUGAUCUAAAGACUGUUUUAAAGAGACUUAAUGCAUUGGGCUUGGGAAUCUCUUAGCAGUGGACAUGCCUGUCUGAAGGGUUAACCAGCUAUACAAACUUUAUUAAAAAUGUUCAAAGAACAGCCCCCAGGUCUUCAGUGACUAGUAGAGAGUAAGCAACUGGCCACAACACUGCAGGGGAGCAAAGGGCCAGGCCAUUGAAAUCUAAGAACCUCACCAGGGCAGGUGGCCACAUGCAGGAAGAGCAAACGUGUGGAAACAUGAGGUCAAGCUGAAUACCCAGAGAGCGAUGGAAGGGAGAAGCAAAGGAUGGAUAUGAAAAUGCCUCUGCGGUGUGAGCAAGAAAUUCAAAGGCCCAGUUCUGCACAGAGAGUUGGGUCACAAAAUACAGACUGCCCUUUUUCUUAACUGCUUCCACAACAGACCCCAGAACCCUGUACGUAGUAGGCUGACAUGCAGCAGGAUUCAGAUGCACAAAGAUCAAAUCACAAUAAUAGUUCUGUUCUCAACUCAUUUUGAUAAUUCCAUUACCCAAAAUUCCCAACUAGUCUAAACUGCUGAGUUUUUAGAAUGUAAGUAUUUAGGGAGCUAAAGAGUUUUGAAUGUGAUGAACAUGAAGUAGAUUAGUUGAUUCUCCCUCAACUAAAAGCCUGUUUAACAUUUACGCAAUUUUCUUUAGAAUAAAAAAUUUCUAAUGCCACACUAGACACUUUCUUGGGCACCACACGUAUUCAUCCAACUUUGAAGUGGCUGCUUUUGUUUAAGUCUCUCGUGUCUAAUAUUAGAGAAGUGUGGAUAGUUAAGUAUUACCUUUAUUAUCUUGUAAUUCAAGCUCCUCUGAAGAGACUUUGGUGAGAUGUAUAUGGGGUAAAAAUUUCAUAUGGAGAAAAGUGCAAUAUGUGUGUGUGGUACGUUCUUUAAUGUAUUUUUUUAAAGAAUUAGAGGGUUUAGUCUUCGCUUUGGGAUAAAUGCACUAGUUUUGUGAGCUCCAGUUGAGCAAGUUCAUCUGUAGUAAUUACAUGCAACUGGUAUACUGGACUCUGUAAGGCAAUUACAGUGUAUUAAUACAAAAUAAAGAAUAUGUACAUUUCAUUUUUAAA